AAAUGCACACGCUAUCUCAAUCAGAGGUCGAAGAUAGCGUUGAUUUUUUGUUUUCCGAUUUUUGAUUUUCUGAUGUACAACAGCGGGGCCGCAUGUAAAUUACACGGCAAUAACAUCGGAAUUGCCUCUUUCGUAGAAGAACAGACUCCUGGUGGUGGUGGUAUCGCAUCGGUAUCGCAUCGGUAUCGCACCGAUCAACGGCCCCGAAUUGAUAAGGAAAUUGCAUAUGUCACGCCAAGAUCUCCGUCAGGGGCAUUGACGGUUCUCGAACAUCUGAGAAUCGCUGGAAUACUCAUGCUAGGACCAAGCUCCCUGAUUAGUUUAGACUCAUCGAAUAUCUCAAUACGCAUGAAUAGGAAAACCCAUUCUACCCAUUUACGUACCCCUUAAAAGCAAUCCGCUUAUCUGGCCAGCAAAAAUAAUGCUCUGGAUUGCUUCUGAUCCUCUGAUAUAAGUAAUCGUUGGUCGUCGUUCGGAUUCAGUACGAGUUUAUGCUUCGUCUAAAGUUGAGCUGUGAUGGAAACACCGAGAGCUAUCCUGGGCGUAGCACUGCUGCUACUGCUGCAAACCCUAGAUUUGGUAACUGCCCGGGGUGAAGACAUCUGCCGCUUGUUCUCCAAUAAUACGGUGAUCCGAGAUCCCGAGUCCUGCAGUCAGUCGAUCACGUGCAUCGAUUCCGUGAGCCACUACAGUAGAUGUACGGGAUCUACUCCGUUUUUCGACAAGGACACGGGCAAAUGCGUGAAAUCACUGUCCACAUCCACGUCCAGCUGCUCGAUUUCCUGCGAGGAUCGGACCACACAAUUCCUGGCCGAUCCCAAGUCCUGCUAUGGCUAUUAUUACUGUGCGGAUGAGGACACGCCCAUGUACGGCACCUGUCCGCAGGACACCCACUUUAAUGCCACCACCCAGAUGUGUUCCCGUCAAUACGAAUCGGAUUGCACCACCAGUACCUUCGAGUACUGCAACAUUGUAAAGAAUUCUGUCAACUUCGACAACCUACAGGGAUGCAACAUGUAUCACGUCUGUGAGAAGGGCGUCCUGAAGGACAAGACAUGCUCGAAAACCUAUUACCAGGCCAGCACGGGCGAGUGUGUGUCCAAGGCUCUGGUGGAUUGCGAUGCCCAUCCACUGCCCACGGAUGUCUGCGGCAAGGCCAGUAAGCCCUACGAAAACAAGUUCGUCGCAGACGAAGCCACCUGUCGCGGCUACUUCUACUGCGCCAAGCAAAAGGAUGGCACCCCGGACGCGAAUCCCCAGUGGAACCAGUGUCCCCAGGAUAAAUUCUUCGAUGCGACCAGCCAGAUGUGCAUAGCCCCCACUUCGGUCAAGUGCUCGUACGAUCGCUGCGACGGUCGAACUGCUAGUUUUGUCGAAAGUGCCACAAAGGGCUGCCGCAACUAUCUGAGCUGCUCCGGCGGAGUCACGGUGGCCGAGAACUCCUGCGGCAACUACUUCUUUAACGAGGAGCUGGGAGCAUGCACUCCAAGUGUACAGACAUACACCGCUUGCAAGUCGUAAAGAAGUACUUAAAAUAAAGCUCAAAAUUCAAUGCAA